GUUUCAACGGGACGAGGUGGAUCUGGUAACAUGAUACUUGACCUUUCAGUUUCUCGCGAACGGCAAAGCUCACCAUCUGGAAGAGAGUUAUCACCAGUUUCUCACUCCGGCAGUGUAACCCACAUUGGAAGAGGUGGACGUGGGAACGUUCAUUCGCCUUCUCCUGCUGAUGAGGCGAUCAAUCGUCAGAUUGUGGAGGAUGCAGCGCUUGCUCACGAACACGACGUGGCUCGAGAAGGUGUUCAGUUCACAGGCAGAGGUGGCUAUGGAAACAGGCGUACCAUUUCCCCUGCUCCCGAAUUACCUUUGACCGACAAAGUUAGGGGUCGUCCCCAAGUGAUCCGUUUUCUUGGAUCGGUGAGCGAGAACGUCGCACAUUAAGAUCGAAGCGAAACCAUCACCCUCAAGUUAUUUCACCGACC